AUGGGAAAAAAAAGGGAAAAAUCCUGGGAACAAACGGGCAAACCAAGGGAAUGCAAGAGGCGCCCGGUGAAGGUUUAUCCCAACGGGGCCAACGAGGAGGAGGAGGAGGAGGAGGAGAAUUCCCGGGUGUGGGAGUUGCGGAGGGAUGAACCCCCCGAGGAGGAGGAGGAGGAUGAGGAGGAUGAGGAGGAGGAAGAGGAGCCGGGGUUGCCGUGGGGGUCCCGGCAGCAGAAGCGCUAUGGGGGGUUCAUGGGCUCCGAGGGGGCGCGGCCGCCGCUGCUGACGCUCUUCAGGAACGCCAUCGGCAGGGGCCUGCCCAAGGGCGGGCAGUGACGGGGAAAAUGGGGAAAAUUGGGGGGAAAAUGGGAAAAAAUCCCGGG